AUGCGUACAUCACACAAAGCCGGCCUUUUGGCCCUCGCCGCUUCGGCCAACGCCCUUUCCAACUCCUCCCCCUUCGUACUCCUCUCCACAGCAAAGUUCGCGCAAACCCCCGAUGCUGCCCAGCUGCAGACCGGCACCCAAGUCCUGAGCGCCGUCCAGAAUAUCCUCGACUCCUGCCCAACCGAGAACUACUAUGUCAUCUCUCAGCCGAACGCGAACGCGGCCGAUAUUCGCGGCGAGGGCUGUAAAGUCAGUAGCGUCUGCAGCGCCAUCUCGAGCAACAAAGUCAGCAGUCGUUACGGCGUGGCAGAGGUUCUGGGCGAGGUCGAAGUUACCGCUGUUACCGGUUACAUCAACUCCGGCUGCGCCAAGCAAAGCAGAACUCCUAAGAUCUGGAACACCCUGCUCCCUGGCCUUUCUUCCUCUGGCCGCGACAGCCAACUGGCAGACAAUGACCAGCUUAUCAAAAUCACCCUGGAUGAGGUCCUCGAGCUUGAGGACUUCACCGUCAUCUAUCUUACCAGCCCGUCGGAGCAGACAUCCUACGAAGCGGAGUUUAACGAGCCCCUCCAUGAGGACCUGAAGAGGCUCCGUGCUCGCGUUGUCUCCGCCCCUCGCGCCGACAACAACACUGAGUGGGAGAAGUUGGGGCUUUUCGAAAAGUACCAAUUCUUCACGCCUGGCAUUUUCCAUGCUCUCGUCAUCUCUAUCCUCCUUCUAUCCAUCCUCGGCGUCGGUCUGCGUGCCCUCGGUAGCCUUGAGGUUUCAUACGGCGCAUUUGACAAGGAGAACGGACCUGCCGCGCACAAGAAGCAGAACUAA